UCCUCGCUCAGCCCCUCCCACUCCUACCCCUGCCAGGUAUAGCUCCGCCCUCUCCCGGCACAUGAGCAGGGUUAGCCCCGCCUCCCGCAGACCACGUGUCCCGUGCGGUGUUUCGCAGGAAGAGAUCACACAUGGCUGCCGCUGCGUUUCUGCUGCUCGAGGAUGGGACUCGCCUCCCCGGGAGGAUGUUCGGGGCUCAGCGCUUUGUCUCCGGGGAAGUGGUGUUCCAGACGGGCAUGGUGGGCUACCCCGAGUCCCUGACCGACCCCUCAUACAAGAGUCAGAUCCUGGUGCUGACGUAUCCGCUCAUAGGGAACUAUGGGAUCCCCCGCGAUCAACUCGACCAGUUUGGGCUCAGCCGGUGGUUUGAGUCCAGUAAGAUUCAUGUCUCGGCGCUGAUUAUUGGGGAGCAAUCGCAGAACCCCAGUCACUGGAGCUGUGACAUCUCUUUGAACCAGUGGCUGAAGCAGCAGGGAAUCCCCGGACUGGAAGGUGUGGACACCCGGGCGCUGACCAAGAAGAUCCGAGAGAAGGGCACCCUGCUGGGCAAGCUCAUAGCCCCCGGCACCGACGAGACACAAGUCCCUUAUGAAGAUCCCGGGAAGAGGAACCUGGUGCAGGAGGUGUCACUGAAGGAGCCCCGAGUGUUCAAUUCUGGGGGUGCAGUGAGGGUCGCUGCCCUGGACUGUGGGCUGAAGUUCAACCAGAUCCGCUGCCUGUGCCAGAGGGGGGCCGAGGUGACGGUGCUGCCAUGGGAUUAUCCAAUCAGCGCUGCAGAGUUUGACGGACUGUUCCUCAGUAACGGCCCCGGGGACCCCACUUUCUGCCAGAAAUCCGUGCAGAACAUCAGGGGGUUCAUCUCACAGGAGAAGCCAAAACCCGUAUUUGGGAUCUGUCUCGGCCACCAGAUCCUCUCCCUGGUUAUUGGAGCCAAGACCUACAAGAUGAAGUACGGGAAUCGUGGGCACAACCAGCCGUGUAUACACGAGGGCUCUCAGCGCUGCUAUAUAACCUCCCAGAACCACGGAUACGCUGUGGACCCAAACUCCUUACCUGAAGGCUGGUCUCCUCUGUUCACUAAUGCCAACGACCAAUCAAACGAGGGGAUUAUACAUGACUCCAAACCCUUCUUCAGUGUGCAGUUCCACCCGGAGCACAGUGCUGGGCCCAUGGACCUGGUGUGUCUAUUUGAUGUAUUUCUGGAGACUGUGAGAGACAUAAAGGCCGGGAAUUCGGGAGAGAAGUCAGUAAAACAGCGACUGACUGAGCUGCUCACGUACAAAGACUCCCCCGGUGUCACAGACUUGGAGGCCUCUCGUCCGCAAAAAGUGCUGAUCCUGGGCUCAGGGGGGCUCUCGAUAGGCCAGGCCGGGGAGUUCGACUACUCUGGCUCUCAGGCCAUUAAAGCACUGAAGGAAGAGAACAUCCAGACAGUCCUGAUUAACCCCAACAUUGCCACAGUACAGACAUCAAAAGGCCUGGCCGACAAGGUUUAUUUCCUGCCAAUCACCCCUGAAUAUGUCACUCAGGUGAUAAAGAAUGAGCGGCCAGAUGGAAUACUCCUGACGUUUGGGGGUCAGACUGCAUUGAAUUGUGGGGUGGAGCUGACCAAGCAGGGGGUCCUAGAAAAGUACCAUGUGCGUGUUCUGGGGACCCCUGUGAAAUCCAUUGAAAUGACAGAAGAUCGCAAAGUGUUUGUGGAGAAGAUGGAGGAGAUUGGAGAACACGUGGCCCCCAGUGAGGCGGCUUUCUCCUUGGAGCAGGCCCAGGCUGCUGCAGAACGUCUCGGGUAUCCAGUUUUGGUCCGGUCAGCUUAUGCACUGGGUGGGCUAGGAUCUGGAUUUGCCAAUAACAAGGAAGAGCUGGCUGCCCUGGUCUGCCAGGCCUUCGCACACACAACGCAGGUCCUGGUGGAUAAAUCCCUGAAGGGCUGGAAGGAGAUUGAGUAUGAAGUCGUGCGGGACGCCUAUGAUAACUGUGUAACGGUUUGCAACAUGGAGAACGUGGAUCCCCUUGGCAUUCACACUGGAGAAUCCAUCGUGGUAGCUCCCAGCCAGACGCUGAACGAUCGAGAGUACAACAUGCUGCGCAACACGGCCAUUAAGGUUAUCCAGCACCUCGGCAUUGUGGGCGAGUGCAACAUACAGUACGCCUUAAAUCCAGAAUCUGAGCAGUAUUAUAUUAUUGAGGUCAACGCAAGACUGUCUCGUAGCUCAGCCCUGGCGAGUAAAGCAACCGGUUACCCCCUGGCGUAUGUGGCUGCCAAGCUGGCACUGGGAAUUCCACUGCCAGUUCUCAGGAACUCUGUAACCAACUCCACCACGGCUAACUUUGAGCCCAGCCUGGAUUACUGUGUGGUGAAGGUUCCACGCUGGGACCUGAGCAAGUUCUCGCGAGUCAGUACCAAGAUUGGAAGCUCCAUGAAGAGUGUGGGCGAGGUCAUGUCUGUUGGUAGGAGCUUUGAAGAAGCCUUCCAGAAAGCUCUGCGCAUGGUCGAUGAGAACUGUGUGGGCUUCGAUCACUGCAUCAGAUCUGCAUCUGAUGAGGAACUGGAGACACCAACAGAUAAGCGAAUCUUCGUGCUGGCCGCAGCCCUGAGAGUUGGUUACACCAUCGAGCGCCUCUAUAAGUUGACCAGGAUUGACAAGUGGUUCCUCCAUAAGAUGAAGAACAUUACUGAUCACUUGGCCACACUGGAGUCUUAUCACCAGGAUGAGACCUUGAUGCCCCGUGAGGUCCUUCUCCGAGCCAAACAGCUGGGCUUCUCCGAUAAGCAGAUUGCACUGGCCGUGCAAAGCACGGAGCUGGCAGUCCGGAAGAUGAGGCAGGAUCUGCAGAUUUUGCCUGUAGUGAAGCAGAUCGACACGGUAGCAGCGGAGUGGCCGGCUCAGACCAAUUACCUUUAUCUGACCUACAAUGGCAUUGAGCAUGAUUUGACCUUUCAUGAGCCGCAUGUUAUGGUCAUUGGCUCUGGUGUUUACCGAAUAGGUAGCAGCGUGGAGUUUGAUUGGUGUGCAGUGGGCUGCAUCCAGGAGCUGCGCAAGAUGGGAUUUAAGACCAUCAUGGUGAAUUACAAUCCCGAGACUGUCAGCACAGACUACGACAUGUGUGACCGCCUGUAUUUUGAUGAGAUCUCGUUUGAGGUGGUGAUGGAUAUCUAUGAGCUUGAGAACCCAGAGGGAAUCAUACUGUCCAUGGGCGGCCAGCUACCCAAUAACAUGGCCAUGUCCCUACAUCGCCAGCAGUGCCGGGUACUGGGCACCUCUCCUGAGGACAUUGACUCCGCUGAGAACAGAUUUAAGUUUUCUCGCCUUUUGGACACAAUUGGUAUUAGUCAGCCGCAGUGGAAAGAGCUGUCUGACACGGAGUCAGCCGUUCAGUUCUGCAACACUGUCGGCUUCCCCUGUGUUGUGCGUCCAUCCUAUGUGCUGAGCGGAGCCGCUAUGAAUGUGGCUUAUUCAGAUGAAGACAUGGAGAAGGUGCUUAGCAAUGCCGUGGCUGUAUCCAAGGAGCAUCCUGUGGUCAUCUCUAAAUUCAUCCAGGAGGCCAAGGAAAUUGAUGUGGAUGCCGUGGCCUGUGAUGGAGUUGUGGUUGCCGUGGCUAUUUCGGAACAUGUGGAGAAUGCAGGGGUACACUCUGGGGAUGCAACACUGGUGACCCCGGCUCAGGAUAUCACCCCCAAAACCUUGGAAAGGAUUAAAGCCAUUGUCCACGCUGUGGGGCUGGAGCUCCAAGUCACCGGGCCCUUCAACCUGCAACUCAUUGCUAAGGAUGACCAGCUGAAAGUGAUUGAGUGCAACGUUCGUGUGUCUCGCUCCUUUCCCUUUGUGUCUAAGACUCUGGGGGUUGAUCUAGUAGCUCUGGCAACGCAAGUCAUUAUGGGAGAAGAGGUUGAACCUGUUGGUCUGAUGACUGGUACUGGCAUUGUAGGGGUUAAGGUUCCACAGUUCUCGUUCUCACGCUUGGCUGGAGCAGACGUGGUCCUGGGGGUGGAGAUGACCAGCACAGGGGAGGUGGCCUGCUUUGGAGAGAACCGAUAUGAGGCUUAUCUAAAAGCCAUGCUAAGUACUGGGUUCAAAAUCCCACAGAAGAACAUCCUGCUGACUAUUGGGAGCUAUAAGAACAAGAGCGAGCUCCUGCCCACUGUGCGAGCCAUGGAAAGCCUUGGGUACAAUCUGUAUGCCAGCCUGGGAACUGCUGACUUCUACACCGAGCAUGGCAUCAAGGUAAAGGCAAUGGACUGGCCCUUUGAGGAGAGCGAGAAUGAUGGGCCCCUACGGGAGAAGCAGGGGAGCAUCAUGGACCAUUUGUCAGAGAAUCACUUUGAUUUGGUCAUUAACCUGUCCAUGCGGAAUUCUGGGGGUCGCCGACUUUCCUCCUUUGUUACCCGUGGGUAUCGUGCCCGCCGAUUGGCUGUAGACUAUUCCGUGCCCCUCAUCAUCGAUAUUAAGUGUACCAAACUCUUUGUGGAGGCUCUGCGGCAGAUUGGACGGUCGCCCCCUGUUAAGACUCACGUUGAUUGUAUGACCUCACAGAAGUUUAUCAGGCUGCCGGGCCUCAUUGAUAUCCAUGUGCACCUACGGGAACCUGGAGCCACUCAUAAAGAGGACUUUUCUUCUGGCACAGCGGCUGCACUGGCUGGUGGAGUCACCCUUGUAUGUGCCAUGCCGAACACCAAUCCAGCCAUCACUGAUGCCAGUUCCUUCUCUCUGGCACAGAAGCUGGCGGAGGCUGGUGCCCGCUGUGACUUUGCCCUUUUCCUUGGUGCUUCCUCAGAGAAUGCCGCUUCUCUUUCUCCAAUUGCCAGCUCAGCUGCUGGCCUUAAGAUGUAUCUGAAUGACACCUACUCUCAGCUUAAGAUGGACAAUGUUUCUGUGUGGAUGGAGCACUUUGAGAAGUGGCCGGCUCACCUGCCCAUUGUGGCACAUGCAGAGAAACAGACCGUGGCUGCGAUUCUCAUGGUGGCCCAACUGUACCAGCGUCCUGUUCACAUUUGCCACGUAGCAAAGAAAGAGGAGAUCCUAAUUAUUAAAGCCGCCAAGCAGAAGGGAAUCAAAGUAACAUGUGAGGUGGCCCCACAUCACCUUUUCCUGUGCCUCAAUGACUUGGAGAAAAUAGGAGAGGCACGGGGGCAAGUACGCCCCAUGCUGGGGACUCGAGAGGACCUAGAAUCUCUGUGGGAAAACUUGGAUAUUAUAGACUGUUUUGCCACUGACCACGCCCCUCACUCUGUGGAGGAAAAGGAUGGCCCAAACCCACCCCCUGGGUAUCCAGGCUUGGAGACCAUGUUGCCUCUGCUCCUCACAGCAGUCAGUGAGGGACGUCUGACCAUUGAUGACAUCAUUAAGCGUCUGUAUGACAACCCCCGCAAGAUCUUCUCCUUGCCUGUGCAGGAGAACACUUAUGUAGAGGUGGACUUGGAGCAAGAGUGGGUAAUCCCAUCCCACAUGCAGUUUACCAGGUCCAGGUGGACCCCCUUUGCUGGAAUGAAGGUGAAAGGAGCCGUGCGUCGAGUUGUGCUGCGUGGGGAGGUGGCCUACAUUGAUGGCCAGGUGUUGGUACCUGCAGGAUAUGGACAGGAUGUCAGGAAAUGGACCCCACCCGUUGUUGCCCAAUCUCACCCCAUGGUCAAUAAAGAGAUACCCAAGACCCCAGAGCGGCACCGCCAUGUUACAGUACAAAGUGAGACCAUUCGCAGUCGAGCACCAAGCCCCCGCAGACCUGUUCAGUCGGCAGAUGGGCGCUUCUACUUGCCUCCUCGGGUGCAUCGUGCUUCAGAUCCUGGGUUACCUGCAGCAGAGGAGCAGAAAGAGAAGGCACCCAAGAGAUCCGUGGAGCCAGAGCUGGUGCCCAUCCAGGAUGGCUAUUCCCACCCUCCUCCUAUUCCUAGAAUUAUGUCCCCCCAGAGUACGUCCAUGCAAAGUGUCCCUCAUGUGCAGACCUCACCCCUGUUGCACCCACUGAUUGGCCAGCACAUCCUGACGGUUAAGCAGUUCAGCAAAGACCAGAUGUCCCACCUGUUUAACGUGGCACACACGCUGCGCAUAUUGGUUCAGAAGGAGAGAAACCUAGAUAUGCUGAAGGGCAAGGUGAUGGCCUCCAUGUUUUUUGAGGCCAGCACACGUACAAGCAGCUCCUUUGCUGCAGCGAUGCAACGUCUUGGGGGCUCUGUGCUCAGUUUCUGUGAGACAACCUCCUCUUCUCAAAAAGGAGAAUCACUCAUUGACUCUGUUCAGACAAUGAGCUGCUAUUCCGAUGUCCUUGUGGUGAGACACCCAGAGCCUGGAGCUGUGGAGCUUGCUGCCAAGCACUGUCGGAAGCCUGUGAUAAAUGCUGGGGAUGGAGUGGGCGAGCACCCCACACAGGCACUACUGGACAUUUUCACAAUCCGUGAAGAGCUGGGCACAGUCAAUGGAAUGAUAAUAACAAUGGUCGGCGAUUUGAAACAUGGCAGGACAGUUCACUCCCUCGCCUGCCUUCUAACGCAGUACCGCGUGACUUUGAGAUACGUGACUCCCCGCAGCCUUCGUAUGCCCUCCAACAUCAUACACUUUGUAGCCUCCAAAGGCAUUAAGCAGGAAGAGUUUGAGAGCAUUGAAGAAGCUCUGCCGGAUACAGAUGUGCUGUAUAUGACCCGAAUACAGAAGGAGAGAUUUAAUUCUUCCGACGAGUACAAUGCUUGUUUUGGCCAAUUUAUCCUGACCCCACACAUCAUGACCAGAGCCAAGAAGAGGAUGGUGGUAAUGCAUCCGAUGCCUCGUGUGAACGAGAUCAGUUUUGAAGUGGAUUCCGACCCCCGGGCAGCUUACUUCCGCCAGGCUGAGAACGGCAUGUAUAUCCGCAUGGCUCUCUUAGCAACAGUUUUGGGAAAAUACUAGUUGCCUUCAUCUCCACCAACUAUAGGUCUGGCCCCUCAACCUCCAAAUGCUGAGCAAUAGCAACAACAUGAGAAACUGAAAGAGGACCUAAACUAAUUAGUCUGGUGACUGUCCAGUGAUCCUGAAGGGGAAGCAAUAAAUCCAGUCUCAGUAUUAACGUGACCGUAUCUGUAAGUGUCUGCAGGGUGCUGCUUAACCUCAGGGUUAAUGUUGGUAUCACUUUAGCUGAAAGGCCAUCUGCAGUAAUAAUGAUAGAAUAAGUUGCUCAGAUCUACCAUGUAUGAUCCAAACAUUUCCCUUCAAAUACCCACCGAGCAGUAAAGCACAAGUGCAUAUGGGCUCUGUUAACUCCACUAAUCCUGGAGAGAUGCUGCUCAUAUUAAUCUCUGAAUCAGCUUGUAGAUACAUUCCAUGCAGCCUAGUGUUAUUGGUCUCUAUCCAGCAGGUCUGUGGAAGAGCAGCACCUCUAGGCCUACGUCCUAUUAACCACUCCAGUUUGAUUCCGUAGGUUACAGCCAGAGAAACCAAUAGAUUGUACAGUGUAUUGGGCAUCACUCUUAGUAAGAGCCGCAAUUUCCACUUGUGCUUUGCCAGGUACCGGCAUAGUUUCCAUGAGCGUUUAGGGCUAUACAAGCCUAAUUUCCGACCUGUACAUGACUCGCGCAUGAAGAGCUUUCAAAUGGACUUGCUAUUGUGUAGAACUGGCUAUCAUACUUGGUGGGGCCAAGAAGAGAACUUUCUUGCUACUAACCUUUUGCUGCUUUUAGCGUAUGUGCUGAAAAAUGAUUCCUGGUGCGGGAUACACACAAGUCCGAGGGCUUGGGGAUUUCUGUGUUGCAGGAGUAGCUGCUACGUAACUGCCAGUGUUUUAGGGACUCAAGACUUUAGAUGCUCUUGUGACCGAAGCUUCAGUUUAGCUUGCUGCAGUGAUCGGGAAACAGGAUGAAGAAACGAUGAUGGGGGUGCUGGGUCGAUGGGUUUUAUAUUGUUACGGUGAAUGAAAGUGAAUUGCAACAGUUUGUUCUGUUUCUCAAUAAAAUGUUCAAUAAAUGAUGAAA